CUGCUGAUUGAGGUUGCUGGCUGCAGCUGCAACAACCGCAGGAAUCAACUGGAUAGACCAGGUUUCCUCUAGGGCAGCGUCUGGUCAUACAUGUUGCUCGCGUCAUAAAGUGACGAUGUCGCUGUAAUAGCAGGAAUGGUCAACUAAAGUCUGUCGAUGUGUAACUUUGUGUGGCCAUCCUUCAUAUAUGCUGGACCUCUCCUCGUUCUGCAGCCUGCAUCCAGGAAGCCAGCACCACAACAUGGAGCCUCCAUCGUCAAAGAAGCACUGGAGGCUCUACCUGAUGUCUGUGGUGUUGGGAAUAGGAGGAUCGUUUCAGUACGGGAUCCAGGUUUCCUUCAUCGCUUCUCCUGCAGUGCACGUUCGUAGCUUCGUGAACUACACCUGGAUGCUGAGGUACGGCAGCCCGGUGGACGAGUCGGCCAACCAGCUGAUCUGGUCCUUCAUCGUGGCCGUGUUGAGUCUGGGGGCCUGGGCCGGGGCCGUUCACAGCGGCAGCCUUCCUGUCACCUACGGCCGAAAAAAGGCUCUCCUGAUCAACAACGUCGUGGCCAUGGCUGCUGCCCUGCUUAUGGUUUUCAGUCGCACGGCAAAUUCUUUCGAGAUGAUCCUGCUGGGGAGAUUUCUGUAUGGAUACAACGUUGGUCUCGGCCUCAGCGUUCACCUCAUGUAUCUCGGGGAGAGUUCCCCAAAGGAGCUCAGAGGUUUCAUGACGCUCACCAGCUCCAUCUUCAUCGGUUUGGGGAAGGUCACAGGCCAGAUAAUCGGCAUUAAGGAGAUAAUGGGAUCAGAGGAAAUGUGGCCGUAUCUCUUGGCUAUCAGCGGCGUCCCGGCAGCGCUGCAGUUUGUGACGCUUCUUUUCUUCCCCGAGACGCCUCGAUACCUUUACAUCGACAAAGGAGACGCGGACGGCAGCAGAAAAGCCCUGCAGUGGCUGUGGCAGGAGGACAACCUGAAGCUGGAGCUGGACGACAUGCAGAAAGAGCGAGAGAGGGCGCUGGGAGAGAAGGCCAAAACAGUGAAGGAUGUCCUCACCUCUCGCUGUGUGAGGUGGCAGCUGCUCACUCUCACCAUCCCCUGCGCUGGCGUUCAGUUCUGCGGCAUCAAUGCGCUGUACUUCUACGCUUUUGACAUCUUCCGUGAGUCUGGGGUACCAGAGAAUCAGAUGCACUAUUUGGCUAUCGGUAUCGGAGCAACAGAACUUAUCGCCAUAACGCUCUGUUCCUUCCUGAUAGACCGUGCAGGCAGAAAAAAGCUGAUGGGGUAUGGUUAUCUGUUGAUGGGCGUCACCAUGUGCCUUCUCACUGUCAUGUUGUCCAUCAAGGAUCUGAGCCCUCAGAUACCGUAUGUGAACAUCGCUUUAAUCUUUUGCGUUAUUUGCAUUUAUGGACUCGGGCCUUCUGGAGUGUCUAUGGCUCUCCCCGCUGACCUCUUCCUACAAGCCUGGCGUCCUUCGGCGUAUGUGAUCAGUGGCACCGUCAACUGGCUCGGCAUGUUCCUGGUGGGAAUGCUGUUUGGCUACGUUGUGGAGGGACUCGGGCAGUUCUGCUUUCUGAUUUUUGUGGCUUACUCCAUUUCCAGCGCUGCCUUCAUGCUAUAUUUUGUCCCCGAGACCAAAGGGAAGACCAUGGUGGAGAUAAUGGAUGAUUUUAACAAACUGAAUUACAAGAACAGAGAGAGUGACAUUGAAAGCACAGGCAUUUCGACUAAAUUGUAGCGCUCUGGUCCAAUUUUACCUUUUGAACUUUGACUC